GAUCAUUAUGUCAGCCUCCGUUGACACUUUAAAGUUUCGUCUCCCCACCCACGGGGACGCCAUCCUUAGCAAAAUGAACACUCUGAGAGAGGAUCACCGCUUCUGUGAUGUCACACUCCUUCUCGGGGGUCAUCGGGGCACCGCCGUCCAGCCUUUGCAAUUCCAUGGCCACCGAGUGGUGCUUGCGGCAUCCUCAGACUUCCUGCGUGACCAAUUCGUGCUCCACGAGGGCCGGGCAGAGCUGAGCGUGGGUGUAGUUUCCAGCGUGGAGGUCGGCGAGAGACUGCUCCUGUCCUGCUACACCGGGUUCCUGGAGGUCCCUCUGAAGGAGCUGGUGAACUACCUCACUACAGCCAGCGCACUUCAGAUGAGCCAGGUGGUGGAGAAGUGUGCCCAAGCUGUGUCCCAGUACCUCAGUCCGACUCUGGCUUUCUUGAAUCUGGACAUACGAUCAGAGGAGAAGGAAAUCCUGCAGCCACAGGGUGGUUGGCCAGGCCCCAGUUCCAAAAAUCAGGAGGAAAGGGACGGAGCCCAACCCAUUACCAGUAUCCAGGAAGCAAACACAGAGGGAGGUGGCAUGAUUGUGAUUCAGGCCAAGUCGAGGCUCGGCCAAGGAGCGAGGGCGGAAAGUCAAGGACUGAGGGAGGUUAGAGAGAAGAGGAGGGAGAUAAGAGCUAAAAUACAGUCAUCUGAAGAUGCAGCCUGUUGUUUCAAUACUUGGGAGUCAGAGGAAGGGAGAGAUAUCCAGCCAAUCGCCCAGGCUGUUCACAAAAAUGAGCAAUCCUAUCAAGUUCACCAAAUGUCAGGUGUCCUGAGAUGUGCUCAACAUGAAGAGGCGCUGCACAGCUCCCAAGGCCCAAAUGAAAAACUCUCAGCUCAACUGCAAGAAUGUAGGGAGCAGAUGGACUCUGGUUUAUUCUGUUCCUCUGGAGCACAUCUGUCAAAAGGUCCCAGAUCUGGAGAUGAGCUGACAGAAGGUUCAGACAGCACGUCAGUCCAGAGGCCGUACCUGUGCAGGAGGUGUGACAGAGUCUUCCAGCACCUGGAAAGCUACGCUGGACACCUGAAGGAGCACAGACAGCACCUGUGUUUGGUCUGUGGGGAAGGCUUCUCCCAGAGGAGCACUCUGUCUCACCACAUACGUGUCCACACCGGUGUCAAGCCUCUCAGGUGCCCGCUGUGCCACAAGACCUUUUCUCACAAGGCCCCACUGCAAGACCAUUUCAACCUGCACACUGGGGAGAAGCCCCACAAGUGUAACUACUGUGCAAUGCGCUUUGCACACAAGCCAGGCCUCGGGCGCCACCUGAAGGAAAUUCAUAGUAAGAGUAGCCUGCAGAACAUGCUCGAGGAGGUGGAGGAGGACUGACAAUGAAGUCGCAGUUUUAAGCUUGUGUUUUUUUCAUGCAGUUCUCAGAAAUUGCAAAGUACAGGUAUCACAAUCGGUAUCAGGAAGGAAAAAUAUAUAUAUCAGAUGUUCUCUUGUGAUUAUUGGAACAAAUCCCAACGUUUCCUGGCUUGUUUCCUCUUAUUGUGAAAGAAAUUGUUAAUACAAAGAGAUGAAUUGAUUGAUAGACGAAUUUCUUCAUUCAUACAUUCUCCCUGCAUUGCAGGGAGGCUAUAAAGCUUCACCCUUUGACCCGACUGAAAUUGUGUGCAGCUCACUGAGCAUUACGUUAUAAGUGAGUGGGUUGUCCCACAUGGCUGAGAGGGUUUUCAUGCUCCCUCAUUGCGUUCUCUCCCUCCACGCGUCUCCUCAUUCUCCGCCUUUUAUCCUUUUGGCCCAGAAAUGCCACUCAUGUAAGUGAAUGGAGCACUACCAUCUGAGAUGCCAUGGGCAGGGAGUAUGAGACGAAGAAUGAAUGCAUGGUGGAGGAGACACAAAAUAUAGAGUUAGAUAUACCAAAGUAUGUGAAGUGUAUCUCCUAAUUUCACUUUGCAUCUUUAGAAAUACCCAAAACAUACCUCAUAAAACUUUUCAUACAUACAGUAAUGCUGUGAGCAAGUUACAGCCAACCAAAUGUCUCUUUAAUGAACAUGAGCCAUACUUUACAUGUGGUUUAACAUUUGAUUAGCUUUCACGCAUUCUUGCACACGUCCAUGCACACACAGUUUUACAUAUAAACACACAAACAGUGAAUGUGGAAUUAAGGGCAGCUCCAUUAUGAAUGAGAGAGAGAGAGGUUUAAAAUAUGAGGAAGAUCAAGGUCAUGGGAGAGAUGGAAGAGGAGGUGUAGAUAUAGUGAUGGCAUCUUUAUAUCUUCAUAUUUAGAAAAGUUGCAUUUAGCCCAAAUCUUCUUUGUUCUAAAGAUAAUAAGAACCUGUAUGUAUAUAUGUACGUGCAUGACCAUGACUUUACCUGUUCCUUCUGAUAUUGGUGGAAAAGAUGGUUUUCACACACCCAUGCCCACAGUUUUGGCAAAAAUGUCCAGAUGAGCCAUGAGGAAGGAACAUGAAGGUGAAAGAGCAGCAGCUACUCCUCCUCCAUAACCACAGCCCAGGUGCCCUUGAGCAGGGCGUUGAAUCCACCUGCUGCUUCAGUACAGCUGAGUGAAGCUGUUCAGCAGCCAAGAGAUCACAGUGGUCGGACAGGUGUCAGGGUGUGUAACUGUGUGUGUCGAGCAGACUGUUCCAGAAAAAGAUGCUCUCAGCAAAACUAUACCGUUAAUGAAUAACAACAUAACAACAGCUGCAACAUUUUGUGUCACAGAAACUAGUGUCUGUUCAGAUUGUCGCUGACUAAAGAGAUUUUUCCCAAAGCAUCGGGAUGCUGCUGCAAAAACAGUGAUGAGCAGGAUUUGGGGUCAAGAUAUUACAUGUUUAAUAGAAACACACAGUUUUGUUUUUGAAUAAUGAAUCGUAGCACAAAGACUGUUGCUUUUGACUUCAAUAAGAUUGUGGCCAGAAGAUAAAUAUACAUAUAUGUUCAUAAGUAUGACAUAUCCUUCCUCGACUGCAGUGAACAGCAGGUCAUUGAAGAGUUGGUUGAUAAAUGAUAAAAAACACCAGAUGUAAAACCACAUGGUCAAUGAGCCUGUUGAAUCCUGUGGAGAUGCAAGUCUAUUGUAUUGUACAGGAUCCAGCUCAUAGCAUUAAAACCUUCAUAAGCUAUAAACAUAAUCCAUUGUUUUUACUGAACAACACAAGCUGUUGAUAAUCUAACAGCAACAGAUACAAAAUAAUAUAAAA